GACAUCAGAAAGCUUCAUUUCUCUGAAAGGCACUUUUAUGCUUGGAGUCUGUCCUCUUCAAAUGUAAUUCAAGCUUAAUUUCACUACAAUGUUAGAGAAAUAGUUACGGAAUUGUACAAAAUAGCUUCUGUAUGGAGCAGUCAUGAGUAGCAUGGAGGAUUUGGAACAGCAUGAUGACAAAUUGGAGUUCUCUGAAAAAGAGAUCAACGAGUAUGCGGAGGAGAUAGGCGUUGACCCAGAAAAAGAACCACACCUUAUGAGGCUUGCCAGGGCAUUGGUUGUUGAAUUGCCUACAGGAUGGUUGGUGCGCAAAGAUGAGAGGGGAAAAACUUACUAUUACAACUGCCAAUUAGACACAUCCACUUCAGAACAUCCCAACAAAGUGCACCACUCUCAGUUGGUGAUUCAAGAACGUGAGCGCAUCCAGCAAGCACCAGUUGAUGUGAAGAAGUACAAGAAGAAGUUGAAAGAGAAACAGGAGGAAGAAAAAAGGAUAAAAGAAACACAAGAAAAUCUGAGAGAGUUUGAACCGAAACCAGCAGAAGAUCUGCCCAAGGCCAUUUCUGGAGAUCACAGUAGUGAUUUACCACAGCAACAGCUUUCGGGGGAGCCUCUCUGCCCUGAUCAUCUAGCGGGAAUUAUUGAUGAAGAGGAACGUAGAUUGUUGGACAACAAGAAUAUUGAAGCUGCUAAAACUCACCUGGAGCAUGCAGCAGCUAUAAGUGGCCUUCAAAUCCUUGAGGAGCACCCUGAUGAAGAACUUAAGUUCUCCGAAGAAGGGAUUAGGGAAUAUGCACGGGACAUGGGUAUUGAUCCAGAGAAAGAGCCUGAGCUCAUGUGGCUUGCCAAAGAGGCAAUGUUGGCCCGACUUCCUCCACAUUGGGUUCCUUGCCAAGAUGGAACUGGUGAUGUUUUCUAUUACGACAUUCAUUCAACCACUUCCUCGUGGGAACAUCCUUGUGAUGUUCAGUACCGCGAAAUGGUGGCUCGGGAACGCGAGCGCCUACAGCAGGCUGCUCCUCCUUUGGAGUCAGAAGUCAAACAGAAAAUGGACAAGAGAAUUACUGAUUUGAGAGGCACUAAUGCUGAUUCAACAGAGGAGAUACCCAAACUAGAAAAGACUGGCAUGACGCAGACCCAUUCUGAGGACCACAGCAGUGAAACGCCACAGCAAAAGCUUCAAGCUGAGUCCGGGAUUUCUUGUCUUGACAGUCAACUGGAGACUGAUGCUAAAGAAAAAAUAGACAGUGAAUCUACAAAGAGCCAUUUUCUGUCUGUGACAAGCACGUGUAGCCUACAGAUCCCUGGGGAGCAAAGAGACGAAGAAAUUAGUUUUACUGAAGAAGAGAUUAAGCAGUACGCACGGGACAUAGGUAUAGAUCCAGAGAGUGAACCUGAGCUUAUGUGGCUUGCCAAGCAAGCCAUAACUGCCAAACUGCCCCCAGGAUGGUUAGAGAGAGAAGAUGAGAGUGGAAACAUUUAUUUUCACAACUGCCAAUUAGACACAUGCAUUUGGGAGCAUCCCUCGAAAGUGCACUAUGGUAAGCUGGUCAUUAAGGAGCGCCAGCGUAUUCGGCGCAAGACUGUCGAUGGGGCGUCUACAGUAAAGAAAAGCAAGAAGAAAGUAAAAGAAAAACAGGAGGAAAAGGACAAGAGGAAAAAGACUAAGGCUGCACUCAAGAAACAUGUUAAUGUUAGUGCACAUAAAAAGAAUUCAUGCAGUAUUCAUUUGGAUUCAACAGAAGAGAUUACAAAGCCCAUUACUGAAUCCCAGCAGCAACAGCUGUUGGAGGAGCUGUUGGAUGCUCAAGUUUUAGCAACAGAUACUGAAAAAGAAGGGGACAAAGAGCCAAAGAGUGAAAAGGCAGUUGUUUCCAUCAGGCAAAAUAAGCUUGCAGACAAAGAACCCUCUCUGAAUACUGACACAUUUAGUAGUCAGUUAUCUAAUUCCUCAUAUUUUGAAAGGAUGUUAGAAGAAAAUCAAAUCCAUCCAACCAGACCAGAAGAAGAGACCGAAGAGAGGGAGCAGUUCAGGGGUGAAAAUGAGCAAGGUGAUCAGAUAGCGAGAAAUGGAGAGAAAGACAAGAGGAAAGAGGCUGGUUUUAAUGGGAAUGAUGACGCAGAACCUUUCAUCAGGAAGGAGGAAACAAAAACGCAAGUUUUCCAAAUUGAGGUGAAGAGAGCAGAAGAGGGGGAGAAGUGGCAGUUGAAAAGUGAGAUGGAGAAAAAGUAUCCACCACAGAAAGACCCCAGGAACGAAGUGUUCAAGUGUUUAACUGGUAAAUCAGAGACAAUAAGACAACUCAAUCAAGAGCACCAGAAGGGAGAAGAGGAGGAAGAGAUAAAGCUGUUGAAAAAGCAAAGUCUGCUGAGAUUGCGGUGCUACCAGGAGCAGCUGAAGAAAGAGGAACAGGAAGAGAUGGAAAGAUUGAGGCUUGAGAAAGAGACAAGAAAACUUUACCAUGAAGAACAAAGGAGAGCAGAGGAGUUGGAGGCAGAAAGCCUCAUGAGGGACAAAGAAACAAGAACACAGCUGUACCAGAUGAAACUGAAGAGGGAGGAAGAGGAUGAGAUGGAGCGUUUAAGGAGGGAGAUGGAAAUUAGGACAGCUCACUAUAAGCAGGAAUUGGGUAUGAAAGAAGAGAAAGAGAUGCAACAAUUUAAAAAGGACAAGGAGAGCAGAAAGCAUCUCUGGCAGGAGGAGCUAGCAAAACAGAAGCGGGAGGAAGAAAAGCAAAUACAACAAUUAAAGGAGGCGAAAGAGAUAAGAAAACAGAUAUUUCUAGAGGCACUGAGGAAAGAGGAAGAGGAAGAAGUUGAACAGCUAAAAAGAGAAAAGGAAACAAGAAUGCAGCUCCUGAAAUUAGAAGAUAAAGUGGUGGAAAGUUGUAAGAGAGAGAAAGAGAUGAGAACAAGUCUUCCUCUGGAGGAAAGGAUAAAUGAGGAGGAAGAGGAGGCCGAUAAGUUCAAACAGGACAUGGAGACCAGUAUGUAUCUUUUUCAAAAAAAGAUGAUACAAGAGGAAGAGGAGGAGAUCAAACGAUGGAAGAAAGAAAUGGCAAGGGAGGAGGAGUUGAAGAGAGAGGAAGAGGAAGAGUUGGAGGAAUUGAAGGCAGACAAAGACAUUAGAAUGUGUCAGUACUUGGAAUCGCAGCGGAGAGAUAUAGUGGUUUUCCAUGACAUGUUGACGAGUGAGGAGAUUAGCUCAGAAAUGGAGGAUGGGGGGAAAAAUCUCUCCAUGGAGGAGCUAAUGGGAGAGGGAGAAAUGCUGAUAGAUAGGGACAGGGAAGUGGCCCUCCAUUCAGAGGAGCUGGGGACAAGUGAAGAUGAGGAGAUAGAGAGAUUUAAACAUGAGGAGUCUAGAAUGUAUCCCUUUAAUGAGGAGCUGAUUCCAGAGGAAGAGGACAAAAUUAAGAAGAAGACAGAAGAAGCAAAAAUUCAGUGUCGCCAAAAUGAGUUGAGGAGAGACCAAGAGGCGGAAUUUGAGGGAUCGAGAAAAGAGGAGAUGAGAAUGAGCAUGGACAUGUGGCUCUGCAAGGAAAAGCAAGAUGAUCAGGCAGCGCAGUUGAGGAAAAAGGAAACAAAAAUGAGCUUAUACUUGGAGGAACUGAAAAAAGAGGAGGAUGAGGAGGUGAAGCGGUUGAAGACUGAAACUGAAACGAGAAUUCAUCUCCUUCGAGAGACGCUGGGGACACAGGAAGAAGAGGAGAUUGAACAAUUCAAGAAUCGUAUGGAAGCGCGACUGUGUGACCACCAGGAAAGACUCACAAGAGAGGAAGGGGAAAAGAUUGAAAAGAUGAAUACUGAAAAGCAGGUUAAAAUUGAACUGUACCAGGAGAAGCUAAGAAGGGAGGAAGAGGAGGAGGUUGCACGGAUGAAGACAGAAAAAGAUGCUAGAAUUAGCCGCUGUAGGGAAGAUUUAAAGAAAGCUGAAGAAAAAGCAUUGGAAGAGUUCAAACAAAAGGAGACAAGAUUUCAGUCUCAGAUAGAAAUGAACCUGCGCCUCUACGAAGAGAGCCUGAAGAAAAAGGAAGAAGAUGAGACAACAAGGCUGAGGACAGAGACAGAGAGAAAAAUACGCCUUCGGCGGGAUAAGCUGAAAAGAGAGGAAGUGGCGGAGGUAAACCAGUUGAAGACAGCCAAGGAGGGAAGAAUACAUCUUCGCAGGGAUGAGUUGAGUAAAGAGGAAGAGGAGACCAUGAAGAAAUUGCUAGAAGAAAGGGAAAUCAAAAUGCGUCUGAAAUUGGAAGAGCUGACUCGACUUGAUGAAGAGGAGUUGGAACGUUUUAAAAAAGAUAAAGAAAUGAGAAUGCGUCGCAGCCGGGAAGAGAUAAGAAAGGAGGAAGAUGAGGUGGAGAAGUUGAAGGAGGAGGAGAGGAGAAGAAAGAAAGAAUACGAGAUGAGAUUGUGCCUUCGCCAGCAGGAGCUGAGGCGUGAGGAAGAAGAUGAGUUGCAGCGUUUGAAGACCGCAAAGGAAAAGAGAAUGAGUCAGUGCAUGGAAGAGCUGAGGAGAGAGGAAGAGGAGGAGAUAGAGCGUUUAAGAAAUGACAUUGAGAUGCGAAUGCAUCGUCACCAGCAGGAGGCAAUGAGAGAGGAAGAACAGGAGUUGGAGCAGUUAAGGACCGCAAAGGAGGAAAGAGUGAGAGUCUACCUGGAGGAACUGCGCAGUACGGCAGAGAAGGAGAUUGAGUGUUUGAAAAGGGAGAAAGAAAUGAAGAUGCUCAUCCAUCAGAAGGAGUUUAGACGAGAGGAGGAAGAGGCAGUAGAGCUUCUGGAGACAGAAAAAAAAAGCAGAAUACAGCUCCACAUGCAAGAUAUUAGAAAAAAAGAAGCAGAGGAGUUGGAGCAAUUGAAUAAGGCAAAGGAGAUCCGAUUAAAGGCAGAGAAGGAUAAAAGAAUGCGGCUUUUCCAGGAGGAGCUUAGAAGAGAGGAGGAAGAGGACGCAGACAAGUUAAAGAGGCAAAAGGAGAUGCGAAUCCUUAUUUACCAAGAAGAACUGAGGAGAGAAGAAGAGCUGGAGGUGAGGCGUAUGAAGCGAGACAAGGGCAGUAGACUAUAUCUCUCCCAAGAGGAAUUGAGGAAGGAGGAAGAUGUUGAGGCACAACUUUUGAGAGAGCAGAACGCACAAAUUUGUCAACAUAGGGAUGAGCUGAAGAGAGAGGAAGAGGACUGGUCAAAGAGGGACAAAGUGAAGAAUAUUCGAGUGCGACAGGAAAAGCCGAGGAUAGAGAGCGAAGAGAAUGUGGAGAGAUUAAAGAAUGAGAUGGAGGCAGGAUUUUGUCUUCAUCAGGAAACAGAGAAGGACAAGAGAACGUGUGCGCUCCAGGAGGAAGAACUCCAAGAGGAAGAAACAGAGUCGCUAGCAAUGGAAAAGGAAAAUCAGUCAAAUGAAGAGACAGAACUACUGAGGAGCGAAAAACUAAUACAGUUUUGCAAAGAGGAACUGCUGGGAGACGAAGAGGACACCGAACUUUCAAAGAAAGAUAUGAAAGCAAAUCUACCGCAGGAGAUGCCACAACGAGAUGACACAAUGGAGCAACUUAAGAGCGAUUGUGUAACAAAAAAUUGUUUUCUCGAGGAGUGGCAAUGGUCGGAAGAAGAAGGGUUGAAGACUGAGAACAGAACACAUCUCCAUCUGGAGAAAAUGAUUUCGGAGGAUGGAGAAAGAGUGGACAUGGAGGAGAAAACAUUUGUAAUCCAGGGAGAGGAAAGGAUGGAAGAGCUUUUGAAACAAGAGAACCCGGAGCCGUUGCAUCUCAUUCAGGACAAAUGGAUGAAAGAGCAAGAGGAGGAGACUGAUCAGUUGAAGAGGGACAGAGAGAAAAGAAGCCACCUUCGUCAGGAGGAAUUGAAGAAAGAGGAAGAGGAUGAGAUAGAACGACUGAAGAAGGAAAAAGAGAGAAGAUCACAUCGCCGCCAAGAGGAACUGAGGAGACAAGAAAAUGAGGAGGUGCAGCAGUUGAAAAGGGAAAAGGAAAUAAGAAUUCUCAAACGUCAGGAGGAGCUUAGAGGUGAGGAAGAAGAGAGGGAACAACUUCUGAAACAGGAAAAGGAGAGAAGAACACGUCUAUGCCAGGAACAACUGAAAAGGGAGGAGGAAGAUGAGGUGGCGCGGCUGAAGUGGGAAAAGGAGAAGAGAACACGUCUUCUACAAGAAAAGCUGUGGAGAGAAGAAGAAGAGGAGAAGUUGAACAGAGAGAAAGAGAGGAGAGCACGUCUACGUGAGAUGGAGCUGAUUAGAGAAGAGGAGGAGGAGUGUCUGAAGAAGGAAAAGGAGAAGCGAACACGUCUUCGCCAGGAGGAGAUGAGUAAGGAGGAAGAGGAAGAGGCGGAGAGGUUGAAAAGGGAAACGGAGAAGCGACUGCUUUUACACCAAGAGGAUUUGAAGAAAGAGGAAGAAAAAGAAGCGGAAAGGUUAAAAAUGGAAAAGGAAAAAAGAAUGCAUCUUCUCCUGGAGGAUCUCAAGAGGGAGGAGGAGGAAGAGCGGUUACAAAAGGAGAAGCAAAAGAGGAUGCGUCUCUGUCUGGAUGAAUUUAGAAGAGAAGAAGAGGAGGAGAUGGUGAGGUUAAAGCGGGAAAAGGAAAAAAGAGUGCGAGUCUGUAAGGAGACGUUAAGGAGAGAAGAGGAGGAGGAGAUGGAGAGGUUGAAAAGGAAGAAGGAAAAACGAAUGCAUCUUCGCCAGGAGGAGCUGAGGAGAGAAGAGGAGGAGGAGUUGGAUCACUUAAGGAAUAAAAACACGGGGCUCUUCCAAUUGGAUCUGCGGCGUGGGAAAGAGCAGAUGGACAGAUUGGUGAACAAGAAAGAAAAGAAAAUGCGUCUUCGUCAUGUGGACGUCAGGGGAGAAGAGAAGAAGAAACUGAAGAGUGAAUACAAGGACGUGCUAAAAAUCAAGACUUUGCGGGAGUGUCUCCUGGCCACGAAGAGGCACAAGGAGGACUCGGUGACUGCUAACCAGAAGGAGGAGCUGACAGAAUCUGUCCAGAAAGAGAGGGAAGAGGAGCAAAUUAAGAUCAGGCAUUCAAAUGUGGAUCUUUCUUGUGAGCCAAAACAAAGGAGGCAGUACUUUGAACAUCUGAAGGGAGAGUCUGAAGGGGAGCUGAAGGAAGACAACAGCAAACAUCAGGACUACAGCAUGAAGGAUGUCAGUUUCUUCAAACCAGAGCAGCUUGGAGACAUGAAUAUCCCCUGUCUGACCGAAUCGAUCAUCAGCGGAACUCUUGAUCUGAAAGGACCGGUCAUCCUGCCCACAUGGCCAAAGUAGCAACAUCAGAUCUGCUGUCCUUGGGUGCCAAAGAUGAAAAACACCUUCACUGGCUUGUGUUUUUUGUGUAUUUGUUUCUACUCUGCUUAGAAGUUUUCUAUGCUAGAAGGAUUUUGUCACCGCCCGAUUCAUUCGUCUGUGUGCAACUUGCACUUCCUGUCAAUGUGUCAUUUUUCUAUUUGUAGGAGUCUUGUUUUAUGUUCUAUAAUGGCUCUUACCACAUAUUGGAUUAAAUUGUAUUAAUGCUGUCAUGCACAUGCAGGAAUUCAAAACCAGGAUGUGUUGGUUCACAUUUUCAGGAAUAUUAAAUUAGAUCAUGUUCACAUACUUAAUUCUCUUGAAGUAUUAAUUGCACUGCAAAAACCUACCUCCUCAAAACUAGUAAAUGCCCUUGUUUUCAGUGCAAAUCUACUAGAAAUAUGUUAAAUUAUCUGCCAGUACUUCAAGUAGAUUUUACCCACCUUUUUCUUAAAUAAAAAUAGCAAGUUGAAAAUAAGCUUAACAGACCUAUUUUAAGCAAUAAAUGAGUAUAUUUAAUCUUAAUAAAACCUCUUGAAAUGUCUUAAUUCAAAAAUAGAUACUGCUAAAAACAUAAUUUGAAAGCAAGAUUUUCUUGAUUUGGGUGACAAAAUUACCAACCUUUAGAUCUAUGGGCUUGAUAACAAAUAGUCAUAUUUACUUUAGAAUAAUCUGACACAUCAAUCUGUUAACUAGUCUUUAACACUCAAAAUAAUAUUUUUCCUCUAGAUUAUCUGAUUAAGACGUAAUUUUGCAGUCUGUUCUAAAUAUAUUUUAUAGAAAAAUUGUAAUUGCCCAGUGCUUACUCAUUGCAGGAUUAUGUAUCUCUUAAUGUAGAGGAGUGUGGUUUCUAAACUUGAUGCAUACUGUACCUAAAACUGCCUUAAAAAUGUCUCUUGUGAACUGGUGCUUAUUUUCAUUAUUUCUUUGGCAUGUGGCAUUUAUGUCAUUAACUCAAUGUGGUCAACCAUCCAAGUUGCAUAUGUUGGUGUGACUCAACCAAACACACCAUAAAAGCAGCAAAAUUCAGUAUGCUUGAGUGAAUAAUAAAGUCUACACACCUCUAUCCAAAUGUAUGGUUUUUUUAAUAAAAGAAAGUUUUAAAAAAUUAUCAGUAGCAUAACUUGCACACCUCAAAUGAAAACAAAUGCUUAAAUAGUAAUAACCUGGUUGCAUAAAUGAGCACACAUAUGACCUUUGGCAUUUUAAAUUAGUUGUGUGUCAUAUGCCUUCAUUUCCUAUGCCCCUAUUUCCUUCCCAUCACCCCACAGAUGUUCGAUCAGACUCAGGUCUACAGUUGGUGACUGCCUCUGCCGUCGUAUUUUAAUGCUUUUAGUUCAUUUGUACCCGUCUGACACCUUUGAGCAAUGAGACCCCCAAAUUGCCUGUCAUAUUCAACUACAAAAGUGCCAGCAAAAGCUUAAAAACACCUACUUUUAAUGUUGGUGUGCUGUUUAACCUGAGCUUUCAAACACAGCCAAUCCAAGCAUUUCCCAGUUUAAUUGCACAGUACAAGCACAUUGUCUCAGUCCCAAAAGUUCCUCACUCCCAACUGGGGUAAUUGGUCAAUUGUUUCCCAUCAGAAAAGUGUGGCAUUACAAUAUGGAUAUGGGGAGUUUAUUCUACCAUAUAUUGUAGUGCAAAAUAAAUAAUGGGCUGCAUUUCUAACAAGGAACUUUUAUUCACUGCUGAUUGCCAUGUAGGUGACAUUGCCUUUUGUCUGUGCCAACAACAACAACAAAAAAUCUGAUACAAUCAUGUCAUUCAUGAUGGCAAUAUAUUUGCAUUGACUGGCUGGC